CGGGAGAGCAGCGCACCGCAGUUGUUGAUAUGUUGCUGCGAUACGUACAUGCACGAUUGUAAAUGGUGAAUAUUCAUCUAGGCCUAGUCGUCAAUGGAGAAACUGUAAACUUGUAUUGAUUUAUGUCUAGUUCCACCACCGCAAGAUUUCUUUUUCACAUGUUAGCUGAGACUGAAGAUUGAAUAUGUAGAUUUGCACUGUUUAAUGCGUAUUUUCGGCACAUGACAAGGCCUGAAACGACCGUCAGUUACCGUGGAAGUUCUCCGAGUCUGAGGCUCUCUGUUCAGGUUAAAUAGCCCGUGACCGACCGGGCCGUGUGUGAAGAAAAUCUUCAAUUCCAUUCAGCUUCAUCGACAGCCAAUACAAAAUGACGGAGGUUGUUGACAGGCGUCCAGAAGAUGUUGGCCAAAUUCUUGUGAAGGUUCAAGAGGAUUUACAGCAUCUCCGAGAUGAGCUCCUUCAGAAGAGCCUUGCAGGAGGAACCAGAGAGCUGGUUAACAUUCAGCUCUUGGAGAAUGCUAUUCAGAAAGCAGAAGAUGGAAUUAAGGAGCAAUCGGAGAAGAUUCUGAAUGUAGUAAACAACAGAGUGACGACCCUACCAUCAGUGGAUUCCAAGAUCAAGAUACAAGAACCUUCUUUCUCACAAGAGGCAAUAUGGGACUUGAGCACCGUGAAUGAUUCCAACCAACAUGGCAGAAAUGAUAGGAAGUUAGGCCGCCUGACAGCAAUCGAGCCGUCAUCAGGGGGAGGUCCAUUUGGCCCCGCCCCCGGUCAACAGAGUAAAUACAAUCUGAACAUGAAGAUACUCUCAGACCCAACCAACAGUCAGAACAGAAAGGUCAUCAAUGAAAACUACAGCGUAUCUCUGCCUAUCAUUGUAGACAAGAGAAAACACAAGCCUCCAACACAGAAGUUUGUAAUAGGUUCAACAGUUGACCAUCUAGCAGUAUUACCAAAAGCUAACAGAGUUGAUCCACAGCUGUUACCCCCAGCUAUCACAGAGAAGGAUGCUAAGAAAGGUAUCCUCAGUCUCAUGGAGAGAGGUCUGAUUCCUCCUGCCGCUGAGUUGACCCUUGACCCGAGCCCGGUCAGACAAAGAAUAGUGACCUUACAUGACCCCCAGGAGAGGAAAGAAAUCAAAGCCGGCUCUGGUCCAUUCGGAGAUGGGAUGUUCAACCUUGCUGCUGUGAAGCUAGACUCUGAUAUUCUGAACGCACACCGAGACCAGACCUCUGCCCUGAGAGGGAAUGUUAACACUCCCAAGACAUUACAGACUGGUCAUAGUGAUGAGACCUGGGCAUCCCCUAGGUCAAGGGGUCACUCAGCCAAGUCUAACAAGUCACUUGACCUCGUAGCUGUCAGUGUGAAAACGCUGGAGCCACUGCCCCCUCCCACCACCCCUGCUAGUGAGUUUAAGCACUUGAGUCAUCGCUUCGUGGUGCAGCAUGGGCGUGUCAGAGACCAUACCAAGGAUUACCUGGGCUUCAAGCAACAUUAUUGUCUCUCCUGGGGUAACAUUGUCACAAUGCUCAAAUAUCUUCAGAAGCUUCUCACUAACUAUGCCAUCCCGAUUGCAUUCAUCAGUGGAGACAAACUAGCUGAUCUUGCCAUAGAGUAUGAGUUGAACAGACCACCGAGCAAGGAAGUCCUCCUCAGUGUUGUGAUGAACAUUGAUGAUGUAAGCACCAUUAUGAACCAACCUGGUAGAAGAUUCCUAGCUCCUGAUGGUACACAUAUGGCUGUCUGCAAGAUACAGGCCACAUGGAGAAGGCACAAAGAUCGCACUGCUUAUCUGGAGUACAGACGCAAGAAAUGGGCAGCAGGGGUCAUCGCUAUAUCAUGGAUCAUGAAUGUCAAGAUGUCAAAGGUCAAGAAACAGCUGAAGAUCUCAAGAAAGAAUGAACUAGAUGCAUUCAGAAGGAGAGCAAAGACAUUGCAGAAGUCCUGGGAUCGCAUCCAGCAAUCUCGGCGUGUUCUCAUCCAUCUCCCCUCCCUAGGAUACUCUCAGAAGAUCCGUUCAACUAUCGGUGAUUUCAACAUUCAGCAAAAUCAACAAAUGGCAAGGCUAUGUGAUUUAUCAGAUCCUAAUGUGGAGGUGAUCUACAUCUCUCCUGUCACUCUGAACGACGAGACUCUUCAAUAUUAUAAUAAGCUGCUAGGUCUGAAAGACGCUGUACACUCAGGCAAUGUAGAUGAUCAGAAAGAUAUGGCUACUAGGUUCAAGAUCAUUGUACCGGAAGCGGUCAACAGUUUCCCAACCCACAGCAUGUGCUUAGCUACCUUCUUGAAGUACAGUCCUAGAGCCAUAGAGAGAAUCAAGAACCUGAUCAUUGGCAAGGAAGCUUACCUGGUCCCAGGUGUCAUGCACAAAGAUGAUCUAGCAGUCGCUGAUAUAUUAGAUGUACCUGUCCUUGGAAGUGAGCCCGAAGUAUCUCAUCUUUAUUCCACUAAGUCUGGUUCUAAGAGAAUCUUUACCAGUGCUAACGUUGAUAUCCCUCCAUCGGAUUAUGAUGUCUAUAGCAUACAACAGAUACAUGAGAGUCUUGCUCAGCUGGUGACUGAGAAUCUCAAUGUGAAACGUUACCUCUUCAAGCUAGACGAUGAGUUUGAUGGGCGAGGCAUUGCCUAUUGUGAUGUCACACCAAACCUCCGCUGCCAUGCCUGGGCUAAGAAAGAAGAGCUGAGAUAUGGAGAGAAAUGGGAAAAGAAAUGGGCACAGGAGCCAGCGUUUAUCAAGAUACACUCUGAGAUGUCUGAUAUCCUAGCAACGCAUGCCACACCGGUCAAUAAGAAACUCUUUCCAACGUGGGAAAAAUUCCUGGAGGCAUUCCUCAGCCAAGGUGGUGUAAUAGAAGCCUGCCCUCCAUCAGACAGUGUGACAUCACUCACUGUGAACAUGCUGAUUGAACCCAAUGGUCAUAUGUCUAUUAUAUCAUGUGGAGAUCAGAUCCAUGCUGACUCACCAUUCAACUGCUGGGGUCUCUCUGUACCUCAAUCAUCAGUGGAUGCUAAACCACUCAACGAGGCAUGCAUCAAGAUUGCUAAGUGCUGCCGGCAACGAGGGGUACUAGGCUACUUCGCUAUUGACUUUGUAACCUUUAUUGAUUCAACCACGCAAGAGCAGAAGCUCUGGGCUGUGGACCUGAACCUGUGGUAUGAUGACAGCGUUGCAAUGACGCUGCUGAUGCUGUAUGUGACCGGUGGAAUCCUAGAUACUCAGAACUAUGUCUUCAACGUUCCUCCGGUCAAGAAGGAGAAGAAGAAGAGCAAACACAGAAGGAAGUUUGAGUACACAGAACCAGAGGAGCCUCCAAAUACAGCUAGGUAUGCAGUGAUGAGCACACGUCUUCUUCAUACCAACCUUACAGUCAUCCAUUACAGUGUCUUCUUUCAGAUGUGUCGAGCCCAUGGCAUUGGGUAUGAUAUUAAGGAGAAACAAGGUACCGUGUUCACACUGAUUGAUAGUUUCAAGAGAGAAGGGAUUGGAAUGCUUGCCAUAGGUGAACAGCUCCAAGGAGUCUUAGCUAACUUCGCAAGGAAUCUAUCUGUUAUCCAUCAAGAGAUAUCUGCUCCUAACAUGCAAGGACAAACUAAUUUCAAGUAUGUGAUAUCAGACAUUGAAGGAAUCCUUGGAACGACGAUACAAAACAUGGACAAAGCAAAUGAGGAAAAGGUAGAAGCGGCAAACUAAGCAGACCACCUUUCUUCAGAGACUUCAGAGAUGAUAAAUCUCGCCAAAGGUUUAAAGCUAGCUCCUGCAAAGUUUCUUCCAAAGAUCCCCUAGCUAGUCCAUCACAGGAUGCUCCCUAGCUCACUCUAAAGACUCUUGGACAUUCCAAUCUGUCCUACACUUGUAUAUAAACACACAUCUGUCUUUCUCUGCAUUGCACCAGGGGAUUCCCCGUGUAAUUCUACGCACAUGCCUUGUCAACUAACAUAGCAGUGAUCAUCGGGUCAUUAACUACUCCUAUUUCAGAGAUGAUAAAUAUCACCAAAGGUUUAAAGCUAGCUCCUGCAAAGUUUGUUUCGACUAAAAUAGAUCAUUUUUGGCCUGAAGAUAAAAAGUGUGACUGUGUCACACACUGGUACACUUAUAAGGGUCCUAUCAAAUGCAAGCUGUUAUGCAUGUGCACAGUUUUACCAAACAUUACAUAAAUGACCUUAAACUAUUAGAAUUCAGAGUUGAGUUUGAUGUCUGUUUGUAAACUAAGUUGUUCAGUAAAGGCUCAUUCAGACGUGAGGUGAUCAGUAACCCACUACUGGACAAAGACAAAAAACAAUGCAGCAAAUUAAAUGAGAUUAAUGUACAACAAUGAUGAGUGUGCAUGCAUAUGGGCUAUUGUUGCAUGCACCUAUGUAUUUUACCCACAUAAUAUCACCUCUUGUUUUUUUUUAAUAUGGUUAAAUGCAUUAUGGCUGAAUGAGGCAAUAUAACUGGUUAUUAGCAGCUGAUGCACCACAAAUCUUCUUGGAGCUAGUUUAAUCACUUUACAUAGGUUGGAGCCUUUGAACUAAAGGGACAUUCCUUGAUAUUGUAGGCACAUCACAUGAAGCAUUGAGUGGUGCUUCUACAAUACUAUUCGUACAAUUGAGUCAUCUUUCACUACAUGGUUUAGCAUAGAUGCCACAUUAACAUGGUAAAAAUUCCACUUGGUAAAUAUGAAUGAUAUCUUUGUCUGUACUGUUUUUGUUGUACAUUAUAUUUACAGAGACAAUUUAUUGGACAGCCUAGCUACAGUCAUAUUAUUUGUCUUGUUCCCACAGACAUGUUCUAUUGACUGUGUUUCAUCAUUGAAAACCGUCCAGGGUAGUACUACCAAUGUAUACUGAAUGAUCAAACAUAGUGUUAUCAUUAAUUUGAUAUUAGCUCAAACUAGACGUCCAUUUUUGAACAAGUAUGAAUGAGGUCACGACCUAUUUUCCUUGUAUAGAGAUGAAUGGUAUCUGAAUGUAUCAAGUGUGUGAACAAUUUGAGUCAUUAUUCUAUGCAAUACAUGUCCACCCCACCGAUGUGAAGCCGUAAAUCUUCCCAUGAUCAAUUACUUUUUAGGGUCAGAAUUUGAACAAGUUAAGCAAGAAAUUGUAACUUUCUCUCUCUCUCUCUCUCUCUCUCUCUCUCUCUCUCUUGUUAAAAGGCAUGAAACUGUGCUAUAACAAAUAGGGAAUCAUUGAUGUGCUUGACAAUACUGAGAGAGAUGCAUGUAUAACAUUGUUUGACUUCCAUAAGUCUAUCUUCAUGCAAACACAGAGUAUGGACUCUUAUUUCUUUGAAGAUUUUGUUUUCCUUUAAUGUACUUUUAAAAAAAUGAUGUUGUGUUGCCCCCCCCCCCCCCCCCCCCCCCAUCUCCCCAUACACAAGGAAUAUCGUAACAAAAUGUGAACCUGCUUCUGAUGUACUGGGUGUUACAUAGCAUUGAAUUGCAGUAUGCAAUACAUUUUGUAGCUAGCAAAAGAAGUUUGAAAAAAUAUGUCCUAUUUUCCAUGUGAAUUAAUAUGCAAUUGUUUGAAAAAAUGUGCACCAUUAUGUACCUGUAUGUCAUUUCAUUUCAUAAUCGCAUUAGCUGAAUGGGAGUGGCCAAUUUGAGCUCAUAAAAAAAGAGUUUGAGUACUCAAUUUCAUUGUGUUAUUGAUAAUUGUGAGUCUCUUGAGACUACUUUGGCGUAGAAUUUGAAUGUACAAUUCCAAUCUCCCCCCCCCCUCUCAAUCGUGUAGGCGCCAAAACAAAACCAUCAUACAGACUGUAUUAUGAUGAUCUUUCAGUGCAAUUAAGUACUUGAAGGCUUAUUACUUGUAAUCAAGCAUGCUCUCAGUGCGUUUUUCUCAGCAAUUCACAAAUAAUAUAUUGCUUUUGUAGAAGUUAAUAAAUACAUAAAGUUAGAAUAUAUAAAUGAAGACAUGUUUAAAAUGAGAUGAAAUACAGAUACACAAAGCAAUAAAUAAAUAUACAUGUAGUAAUCGGUACCUGUGUAUCUGAAGGAAUCUAACAUUUAGGUAGUUCUUGUACACGAUACAGUCUGAAACAGAAGGCUUAUUCAGUUUGGACUGCCUUUAUAUUCAUUAUAAUAAACAGAAUAACCAUAUGUCUAUUUGAUGCCCACAAGAGGAAAGAGAUAGUUAUAUUUAUCUUAAACCAUAGUACCGGUAAUUGUUACAAGAUGAGUAUCCUUUUCAAUAGGUUAAGCCAUUAAAAUUGCUCUUCACUAUGAAAAUGGUUUGUUACAAGAUGAGUUUCCUUUUUAAUAGACCUGUCUAGCCAUUAAAUUAUGCUUCACUAUGAAACUGUUUUUUGUCAAAAUAUAAGUUUGUUACAAGAUGAGCAUCUUUUUUUUUAAUAGGUCCAGCCAUUAAAUUGCGCUUCACUAUGAAACUGUUUUUGUCAAAAUAUCAAUUUUUUACAAGAUAAGCAUCUUUUUUUGUUUAGGUCUAGCCAUUAAAUUGCGCUUCACUAUGAAACUGUUUUUGUCAAAAUAUCAGUUCAUUUAAUGAACUACAGCAGUCUACUCUGUAGGGUGAUGUUGUAAAUCACUGUGUGUUAACAUCGUGAUGCAGUGUUCUUGCUGUUCAUUUUGGGUAACAUUGGUCAACUAAAUUGGAGUGUUUUGUUUUGUAAUUCCACAUCCGUCCAUGUUGUAAGAUAGAUCUUCAAAAAAUACACCUACUUGGUAAGCUGUAAGUAUUAAUUUUGUACAUUAUAAAGAAGAAAAUAUGAUCAAAUAUCUAUAUUGUGCUUUGAGAAAACUUUGUAUUUAUUAGUCCUAUUUUCAAUAAAGACAACAAUCAAAUA